AAAACUAAAUUUGUUUUAAUCACCGUAUCGUAUCGUCUACAACGUUUUAUCAUACUUCCUGGCAACAGACAGAUUUCAGGAUGGAAAAAUCAAAUAUCCUUUGGAGAAAUUCAAUCUUAAAACCCUCAAAAAUGAAUUACCACCCCUACUAAUUGUUUCCCGGGGAUAAUACAGAAUAUACCGCGAUAGAAAAAUGAUUUUUGCCAAAUAUCCUUAUCACCUUCCAGGUCCAAAUAAUUAUCAUAAUCGAAAGCUAAUGAGAAUUUCCAGGGAAUGACUUGACCGGAGAAAUAGAUUUUUUAAAAAUUGAAUAAUUCUCCCAAGUGAAUGAAUGUUUGGUAAACAUUUUUUCUCAGUGCAAACGUCCCGUUGUUUUUAACUUAAUCACUCGGUACCUCGCGCAGGCGUGAUUAUGCGCUUAUGAUGUCACCUCUCCACUUGGGCCAUUGUGACCAACGUACACCAACGCAAUCGGUCCCAGUGGCCGCAACCCUUAAAAAACUCUCUAGUGAGGUUAAGACGUCGUUUCCAUUAUCCAUUCAAUGUUGUUAUUCAACUCGAUUGUUGUCGUCACAACAAAGCACUUGGCAUCAGGUAAACGAGAGCAUUAGUGCAGAGAGUCGUGAUAACGGGUAUCAACGGGGGGAGUCAUUACUCCGUUCGGAAAUAGAGUCCCUCAGUGAUGAGGACAAAUCGCGAGUAGUUGAAGUGGAGAUAGUCUCCUGGGAAAAUGCCGACGUCGAAGCAGGGGAAUUACUCGGGCUCGGAGAGUGACCGUGGUGGCUCUGACAGCGAGGCGGAGGACAACCAGUCGCUGAAGUCAGGGAGUGGAAGAUCGGUGUCACGAAGUCGCUCGCGGUCGCGCUCCAACUCGGCGUCGGGCUCCGACCGAGUGAGAGAUGACGAGGCUGAGGAGGCCAAGUCCGGGGAGGAGGAGCCCUCCGAGCCCGAGGAGGAGCCCGAGGGCGAGGAGCUGGACAGCGAGGAGGAGGAGGACGACGACGACGAGGACGAGCGACCCAGGAAGAAGAAGAAGAAGGACAGGAUCUGCGGCUUCAUCGAUGACGAGGCUGAGGUCGACGACGACGUGGAGGACGACGACGAGUGGGAGGAGGGGGCGCAGGAGAUUGGAAUCGUUGGGAACGAGGUGGACGAGCUGGGGCCAACGGCCAGGGAGAUUGAGGGUCGCAGACGUGGGACCAAUCUCUGGGAUUCACAGAAGGAGGACGAGAUCGAGGAGUACUUGAGGAAGAAGUAUGCGGACGAGUCUGUUGCGGCUAGACACUUUGGGGAUGGGGGGGAGGACAUGGGUGACGAGAUCACCCAGCAGACACUGUUGCCAGGGGUUAAAGAUCCCAAUUUGUGGAUGGUCAAGUGCAGAAUUGGGGAGGAGAAAGCCACUGUUCUCCUGCUGAUGCGUAAAUUCUUGACUUAUCAAUUCACCAAUGAACCACUGCAGAUUAAAUCGGUGGUGGCACCUGAGGGGGUCAAGGGCUACAUUUACAUUGAGGCGUACAAACAGCCGCACGUUAAAUCGGCUAUUCAGAGCGUUGGUAAUCUCAGGAUGGGCAUUUGGAAGCAGCAGAUGGUGCCGAUCAAGGAGAUGACUGAUGUGCUGAGGGUUGUCAAGGAGCAGACUGGCUUGAAGGCCAAACAGUGGGUGAGGCUCAAGAGGGGAAUCUACAAGGACGACAUUGCACAGGUUGACUACGUGGAUUUGGGGCAGAAUCAGGUUUACCUGAAGCUCCUGCCGAGGAUUGAUUACACCAGGCCUCGGGGGGCACUCAGAACAGCGCAGUCGGAGAGCGAGGCUCUCAAGAGGAAGAAGAAGAGGCGACCACCGGCCAAACCGUUCGACCCCGAGGCCAUUCGGGCCAUCGGGGGGGAAGUGACGAGCGACGGGGAUUUUCUGAUAUUCGAGGGCAAUCGGUACAGCCGCAAGGGAUUUUUGUACAAGAACUUUACCACCAGUGCCAUUAUCGCUGAGGGGGUCAAGCCGACUUUGUCGGAACUCGAGAAGUUCGAGGAGGCGCCUGAGGGCAUUGACAUCGAGCUCAGCGGGACUAAUGGAGCCAUUGGAAAGGACGAUGUGGCUGUCACUCACUCCUUCAGCACUGGGGACAACGUCGAGGUCUGCGAGGGCGAGCUCAUGAAUCUCCAGGGUAAAAUCGUGUCCAUCGACGGCAACAUGAUCAUGGUGCUGCCCAAGCACGAGGAGCUCAACGAGCCCCUGGAGUUUCAGUCCAACGAGCUGAGGAAGUACUUCAAAAUGGGCGAUCACGUGAAAGUCGUUGCUGGAAGGUACGAGGGUGACACUGGGCUGAUUGUCAGAGUCGAGCAGAAUCGUGUGGUGCUGUUCUCCGAUCUGUCGAUGCACGAGUUGGAGGUACUACCCAGGGAUCUGCAGCUGUGCUCAGAUGUGGCGACUGGGGUCGACAGACUUGGGCAGUUUCAGUGGGGCGAUCUUGUCGACGUUGACAAGCAAACUGUCGGCGUUAUUGUUCGCCUCGAGCGUGAGAACUUUCACGUACUCCAGAAUGACGGUAAAGUUGUGCAGAAGAGGCCACAGGAGUUGACCAAGAGGCGUGAGAAUCGCAACACAUUUGCCCUCGAUCAUCAGCAGAAUGAAAUACGUAAAAAGGACAUCGUCAAGGUCGUCGAUGGACCGCACACAGGUAGAGAUGGUGAGAUCAAGCACCUCUACCGGAGUUUUGCAUUUGUACAUUCACGAAUGUACGUGGACAACGGGGGCAUCUUCGUCUGCAAGACGAGGUAUCUUCAGUUGGCCGGUGGCACCAAAGCGGUGUCGGCUAUUGCGCCGAUGUCGGGCUCCAUGUCACCGAGGAUUAGCUCGCCGAUGCAUCCCAGCGGUGGGUUUGCGCGGGGGGGAGGGGGCAGGGGUCGAGGCCGAGGGGCCGGUCCGCGUCGGGACCGCGAGCUCAUUGGGACGACGAUCAAGAUCACUGGGGGGCCGUACAAGGGCAACGUCGGCAUCGUCAUCGACGCCACUGAGAGCACUGUGAGGGUCGAGCUCCACUCGACGUGCCAGACAAUCUCCGUUGAUAGAUCGCACAUCGCCAACAUCGGUGUGCCAACCAAAGACGGGGGCUUCAGCUCCUACAGCCGCACGCCGGCGUACUCCACUGGGGGACAGACGCCCAUGUACGCCAGGGACGGCUCCAAGACCCCCAUGCACGGGUCGCAGACGCCGAUGUACGAGAAUGGCUCCAGGACACCGCAUUAUGGCUCUAUGACGCCUUCACACGACGGCUCGAGGACACCGGGACAGUCCGGCGCGUGGGAUCCAACGGUCACCAAUACCCCGGCGAGAAAUAACGAUUUUGAUAACUACAGUAUUGAGGACGGCGGCUCGCCGGGGUACGCCCCGGGCUAUUCGGCCACCGGGGGACCCUUCACCCCCCAGACCCCGGGGACGAUGUACGGGUCGGAGCAGAGCUACAGCCCUUAUCAGCCGAGUCCCAGUCCCGUUGCCAGCGCCACUGCUAGUCCCAGCCCUGCUGGAUACGUCGCUACCCCCUCUCCAACGGGGACUGGCUACACCACCAGCCCCCACGGGGUCUUCCCGUCACCCUCGCCCAUGAACUACAGCCCCAUGACUCCUGGAGCCGCUGGAAGUCCUUAUAAUCCGCAGACCCCAGGGGCGGGAUUGGACACUGGAAUCAACGGGGGACUCAUGGGGAAUACUGAGUGGCACACUGUCGACAUCGAAGUCAGGAUCAGGGACUCGCAUCAGGAUCCGGCACUCGCUGGACAACAGGGGGUCAUACGAGGAAUAUCUGGUGGAAUGUGCGCUGUAUUCCUGCCGGCUGAAGAUCGCGUCGUGAAUCUGGUUUGCGAGCAACUGGAACCAGUGGUACCCACUCAUGGUGAUCGAGUGAAGGUCGUUCUCGGUGAGGAGCGUGAGGCUGUUGGCACUCUCCUGUCUAUUGACACUCAGGAGGGUGUCGUUAAACUCACCACUGGAGAACUGAAAAUGUUGCAGCUAAGAUAUCUCUGUAAAAUGAAAACCCCAGCUUAAUAAUUCGUGUUGAAGUAUCUGUGUCAUUCCUGGGGUUCACACACAAUGCAAAAUCUUCAUUCUACAUUUACUGUUAUUCGUAUUAAUCUGAACUAUAGCUUUAUGACUUGUCGUGAUCUACCUUGUAUUUUAUUAGUCAAAUAAAUACUAGAGAGAUGAUAAUAAAAUCCAUUGUUUUCGUUUUCAUUAUUCUCGAGAGAAUAAGUCCAAGAAUUUCUUCUUAUAGAGUUCCAAUAGUAAUUCAAUUUAUAAUUUUUUUAAAGAAUCAUGUUUAAUUAAAUCAUAUUCA